AUGUCAGCACCAGCAUUGGGACUCCCUGAUGUGAGUAAACCAUUUUUCUUAUUUUCCCACGAGAAGCAGGGAAUAGCAUUAGGGAUACUGGCACAGGACCUGAGACCAUACAGACGAGCUGUGGCGUACUUCUCCAAACAAUUGGAUCUCGCCGCAAAAGGAUGGCCCAGUUGCCUGAGAGCGGUGGCAGCAGUCAUCCUGAAUAUCCAAGAGGCCCGGAAGUUUACCUUAGGCCAGAAAAUGACUGUUUUUGUGUCCCACGCAGUGUCUGCGGUCCUUGAAGCAAAAGGGGGACAUUGGCUCUCCCCGCAAAGGUUCCUGAGGUAUCAAGCCAUCAUGAUCGAACAGGAUGAUGUUGAAAUUAUAACUACUAACAUUGUUAACCCAGCUUCGUUUCUUAGUGGGAACACCAGAGAACCAGUGGACCAUGACUGUCUCGAAACAAUUGAGACUACACACUCCAGCCGCGCUGACCUCAAAGAUGCCCCCAUAGAGGGGGUAGAACACUGGUUCACAGACGGAAGCAGUUAUGUUUUAAGUGGAAAGCGACAUUGGGGAUACGUCGUCACCACUUCAGAAAAAGUACUAGAAUCAGGACCAUUAUCAGCUGACACCUCAGCACAGAAAGCUGAAAUGAUAGCCCUGACUCGAGCUCUAGAAAGAGCUCAAGGAAAAGUUGUGAAUAUUUGGACUGAUUCUAAAUAUGCCUUUGGAGUUGCACACGCCCAUGGAGUUUUAUGGAAAGAGAGGGGAAUGCUGAAUUCCCAAGGAAAAGCUAUCAAGCAUGCAGAAGAGAUUUUAAAACUUUUUAAUGCAGUACAACUUCCUGAAAGAGUGGCAAUUAUGCACAUCAGGGCACACCAGAAGGUGAGCACAGAAUUGGAAAGAGGAAAUGAACUGGCAGAUAGACAGGCAAAACAGGCUGCUAGAAAAGAGAUAAAGGUAGAAGGGGCACUAGUCCCCAACAGAUGCGUCUUUAGAAGGUAA